AUGUCCUCGAGACUAUCGCCGUUCGAGGCACCGCCCUCGGUGCGAUCUUCGUUGCUCAAGAAUGUCCCGGAAAUGUCGUCAAUACCGUCCCUGGAGGAGAUAGAACAGCUGUAUAGCGAGCUCAAGACCCUCGAGGCCGCCGCGAAGAAACGGACCGAGAAGGCGAGCAAGGAUCUCAGGACCAUAACCGACUCGAUGAGGCGUCUCAAGGAGAAGGAGAAAGGCAAAGCGAGGGCUGUCGACAAGGUCAAACGGGAGCGAGAUUAUACGCCCUCUCUACACGACGAUGCCCGGCCCACCCAUUUGCCUGGAUCUAAACCUCGGAUGGGCUCACACGCCGGAGCAUCAAUACAUUCUGCGCGUUCCUCUGUUGAUCCACGGCGGUCUGCCAUCGACGACAAGAAGCAGAAGAAACGCAAGUAUGCUGAAGUGGAUCCUGGGGACAGUGACGGUGGCCACAGUGUUCAACGCGUUCGAAAGGGGUCACCCGCGUUGUCCAGUACGCCGAUGUAUUCCUCAAAGGCCUCGAAAUCUAUACAACCGACUCCCUCGACUCAAUCCAAGUCAUUCUACGGCCCCGAUUUCACCGUGCCACCAGCUCAAAACCUCCUCCCCACCCGUCCUCCAAUACCUUCUCCACCCGUCCCAGGACCCAGCAAGCCAACCGAAGUGACCGAAGAUUUCAGCAAACUAAAACCCCCGGCCCAAACCCCCAUCAGCACCUUUUACACGAGCGUAGAGCCCUACCUGCGUCCCAUCCGCGAAGAAGAUGUCGGAUUCCUAGAGUAUACCGGGGACGAGGUUGAGCCGUUCGUGAUGCCCAAGCUGGGUGUGCACUACCUAGAAGUAUGGGAAGAGCAGGACGCGACGGGUCUGCCGAUCAUACCCGGGAAGGGGAAGGAAGCGCCCGCGUCUACGUUUGUUGCGCCGAAACCGACGUGGGAUCCGUCGACGCUGGGGGAUGUGGAUUUGAUUGUGGAGGAGAAGGGGCAUGGGCCGUUGACGGAGAGGGUGAUUAGUGCGUUGUUGCCGAUACCGGAUCCUGGGGGGUGGAAGGGUGUGAAGGCGGCGGAGGAUGCGAUGGAGGGGAGGCCUGGUGGGAGUGGGGCUGCUGCUGCGAGGAGGGAGCGGUUGAAUGUGACGGAUUUGGAGAAUCGGAUACGGGAUACGAUGAGGUAUCAUGGGUUGCUUGAUAACGUUCAACCCGACUUUAGCGAAAAAGUGGAUGACCCAAUCGCUACAGCUCUGCGCCACGCACAGCAAGAACUACGCGUCGUAAUGACGACCAACAAACUGCGUAAAGAACGGUUAGCGGCUAUAGCAAGGGACCGACUGGGGUACCAAGAGUACCUCGAGAUACGCGAUAUGAUUGACAAGAACAUUACCAACCUCUAUGCUAAACUGCAGAAGAAAGACACGCCCAAGUUGAGUAAGAAGAAGAAGAAACCGUUGGCUGGGGCAGCUGCUGCCUCGGCGGCAGCGGCAGAAGCCAAAGCCAUGGCCGCCGCUGCACUCGAAGGCGGAGGAAACGGGGGAGGAGGGGGAGAUGGGACACCUGCGCCUCCGGCACCCUGUCCCGCUGCGACGGGUAUGAUACCCGACGAAGACAACCAUCUGUUAGUGAAUGACCAGUUGAGGCAGUUGGUUGAGACGAGGAAGAAUUGGGUUGAGCAGGUUGGGAGUGUGUUUGAGGAGAAAGAGAGGGCUAGUCCUGGGAGGAUAUAUGGGUUGCCGAAGGAGAGUGUGUUUAAGGGGAUUGAGGAGGAGGUUAGGAUGAAGUUGAGGUUGGGAGAUGGAGGUGUGGGUGGGAUGGGGAGUUUAGGUGGUGGGAGUGGGAUGGGGAGUAGUGGGAGUGGUGGCGGGGAUGCAAGGAUAGCGAAUGGGAUGCAUGGUGAUCCUAAAGGGAAGAGGAGGGCGGAUGAUGCUAUGGAUAUUGGCUAA